AAUAAUAUCCCACGCGCGCCCGACCUUGGACCUUUUUUUUCUUGGGACUGUGUGACAGUGUGUUCUACGCUGCCUAUCGUCUCUUGUUGAGCUCCGUGCGUAGACGUCAUGUAGCGCGCGCUAUCGCAGUAUCCAUUGGCAGUGUAGAUCUACUGGCCGUGGUCGGAUCGUGCGUUCUUGCAAGAAAUAUUUUGGCAGAUUCCGGUUUUUCUUGCUAGCCCUGCCCCGUGCAUCGGCAGAAGAGGAGGGCGAAGUAACUUGCCCUCCUUCCUCUUGAUUUCUACCGCGAGUCUGUCUGCUCGCCGUGUUACUGGAGCCGUGUGGCUAGAUAGAGGUGAACAUCGAGUUCGUAGUUUGCAACUUUAGGCGCGUAAUCCGAGUAUCAUGAACGUGAAGGGACAGGAAAGCGCCGGCAGCCAGUUACCUCAUAGGGGAGUGAUCACAUUGUGUCCUACUGCAAGAGAGCUGGGCCGCGGAAACAGUGCUAUCGUCUUCGAGCAUGAAGGAGCUGAGGCACUGAAGAAGCUGAGGCCUGAGAGGUGCCAUCGAGAAGAUGACCAUGGCUUUCGUCCAGAGCUCAGACAGCAUUACAAGGAAAAUCGGCAACGAUUCGAAGCGGAGCUCCACUGCGGCCACAUCUGCCGUAGCGAUCAUAUUGUCAAGGUGCACGCACGGGCCACUGUUGACGGAUGCCCGGCGAUCGUCAUGGAGAGGCUUGGUCCAACCCUGGGCCAGUUUAUCUUCGAGCCUGUCGGUCCCCCGCGACCAGAGGCCACUAUCCAGCAUUACCUACUGGGAGCACUCCGUGGCCUGAAGGAUAUGCAUCAGAAAGGCUACAUGCACCGCGAUGUGAAUCUCGAUAACGUUCUUCUCACUCGGGACGAACGGUACGCUAAGCUAGCGGAUCUAGGCAGCGCACGACGUAUCCGCAAUACUGACUCCUCAAUGCGAGAGCAGCUCUCGCCGGCAUUCGGUCACCACAAUUACUACACAGCACCAGAGGCUUAUCCAGGAAAAGAGACGGAGAAGAGAGGAGAAGAGGCUUACAAUGAGAGUGUAGAUAUGUAUUCAUUUGCCGUUGUGGCCCUGUGCGCACUGACCGGACGUUUGCCCUUCGGUGGCGAUGAGGACUGUCGAAACCUAGGCGACCGAAGGGAUGACGUACGCCAGCUGGCGGAUGACCAUCCCUGGAAAUAUGUCAUUGUCCGGUGCCUGAAUACCGACGCGAGGCUGCGGCUGAGUGCUGCCGACGCUCUGGCGAUCCUGGAGGGCCCUUCGCCACCAAGCUAUUUUGGGGUCUUUCUCAACCGACUGGAUGAGUUUCAGACUAGACAGGAGGAGAAGAUCGUGCAGCUACAAGCCGUUGCCGCCGCUACAAAGCAGGAAGCAACCAACGCCAAGGAGGCCUCACUGAGCGCAAGAGAUGAGAUUUCCCAAGUGAGGGAGGAUCUUGCGGACGGCAAGGAUCAGCGAACUGCGGAAAGCAAGCCGACCAAGCAAGGCACCGAAGGACAAACUGAAAUCACCAUGAUGUUCCUUCUCCUAGCUGUGAUCAUCAUCUUGCAACGUACAUGGAGUCCCGCAGACAACCCCAGAUCCUUGGGGCUAACACUAUGGCUGAGUCCAAACGGAUUUGACGCGCCACGAACUAUGAUCGCAUGGGCACCAGCUGCUGGAGGGUCAGGAUCAGAGGCGCCAAUGCCGUACCGCGUUGCCUGUAUUUCCUGGGUUCUGAAAGACGCAGCAACAUCAGCACAACGUUCCGACGCCGUGUACUUCUACCAUAAGUUGCCAGUCGAACCGUCAGCACAGCCUGAGGGUGUGCUCCGUUUUCGCUCCUCUCUCCACGCGGAGGAGUUACGCCGCCUCAGCAGACUGGGAACACACUCGCCAGCGAUACUACAGGAUGGUGGUGGGGUUGAGUGGAACUCAGCGAGACCAUCAGGAGUUUCAGGCUUCAAUGCAGCCGGGAUUCCCUCGCCUGCUAAGCAUCCCAUGCCAAGUACAGGGUUGACACUCUCGGAGUCGUUUCCCCGUGUGGAGUCGGCGGGGAACUCAGAUACAUGUAGCGCCAAUGAAGCAGCUGCUGCACGCUCACAUCGAGCCCACGACACGGUAGCUGCUAGUUCCGUUGAAGCCCACGAAACACCGUCUGAGAAUGCAGAUCCAUCUCAUGUCACAGUGAGUGAGAAUUCGGAUCAAGCCCACGGCACAGAUUCAAUGACUGAGAAUUUCCAUCUAACGCACGGCACAGUGGGGUCGGAUUCGGACCAAGCCAACGACACCGUGACUGAGAAUUCGGAUCAAGCCAAUGACGCAUUGACUGAGAAUUCGGAUACAGCCAAAGACACAGUGACUGAGAAUUCGGACCAAGCCAAUGACACAUUGACUGAGAAUUCGGAUCUAGCCAACGACACAGUGACUGAGAAUUCGGAUCUAGCCAACGACACAGUGACUGAGAAUUUGGAUCAAGCCAAUGACGCAUUGACUGAGAAUUCGGAUCAAGCCCACGACGCAUUGACUGAGAAUUCGGAUCCAGCCAACGACACAGUGACUGAGAAUUCGGAUCCAGCCAACGACACCGUGACUGAGAAUUCGGAUCAAGCCAAAGACACAGUGACUGAGAAUUCGGAUCUAGCCAACGACACAGUGACUGAGAAUUCGGAUCCAGCCAACGACACCGUGACUGAGAAUUCGGAUCAAGCCAAUGACGCAUUGACUGAGAAUUCGGAUCAAGCCCACGACGCAUUGACUGAGAAUUCGGAUCCAGCCAAAGACACAGUGACUGAGAAUUCGGAUGCAGCCAACGACACAGUGACUGAGAAUUCGAAUCCAGCCAACGACACAGUGACUGAGAAUUCGGAUCAAGCCAAUGACGCAUUGACUGAGAAUUCGGAUCAAGCCCACGACGCAUUGACUGAGAAUUCGGAUACAGCCAAAGACACAGUGACUGAGAAUUCGGAUGCAGCCAACGACACAGUGACUGAGAAUUCGGAUCCAGCCAACGACACAGUGACUGAGAAUUCGGAUCAAGCCAAUGACGCAUUGACUGAGAAUUCGGAUCAAGCCCACGACGCAUUGACUGAGAAUUCUGAUCAAGCCAAGGACAAAGUGACUGAGAAUUCGGAUCCAGCCAAGGUCACAGUGACUGAGAAUUCGGAUCCAGCCAACGACUCAUUGACUGAGUAUUCGGAUCCAGCCAAAGACACAGUGACUGAGAAUUCGGAUCCAGCCAAAGACACAGUGACUGAGAAUUCGGAUCCAGCCAACGACACAGUGAUUGAGAAUUCGGAUCCAGCCAACGGCAUAGUGACUGAGAAUUCGGAUCCAGCCAACGACGCAUUGACUGAGAAUUCGGAUCCAGCCAACGACACAGUGACUGAGAAUUCGGAUGCAGCCAACGACACAGUAACUGAGAAUUCGGAUCCAGCCCACGACACAGUGACUGAGAAUUCGGAUCCAGCCAACGACACAGUGACUGAGAAUUCGGAUCCAGCCAACGAAACGGUGACUGAGAAUUCGGAUCCAGCCAAGGACACAGUGACUGAGAAUUCGGAUUCAGCCAACGACACAGUUACUGAGAUUUCGGAUCCAGCCAACGACACAGUGACUGAGAAUUCGGACCCAGCCAACGACACAGUUACUGAGAAUUCGGAUCCAGCCAACGACAUAGUGACUGAGAAUUCGGAUCAAGCCAAGGACACAGUGACUGAGAAUUCGGAUCCACCCAACGACACAGUGACUGAGAAUUCGGAUCCACCCAACGACGCAUUGACUGAUUAUUUGGAUCCAGCCAAGGACACUGUGACUGAGAAUUCGGAUCCAGCCAACGACACAGUGACUGAGAAUUCGGAUCCAGCCAACGACGCAUUGACUGAUUAUUCGGAUCCAGCCAACGACAAAGUGACUGAGAAUUUGGAUCCAGCCAACGACAUAGUGACUGAGAAUUUGGAUCCAGCCAAGGACACAGUGACUGAUAAUUCGGAUCCAGCCAAGGUCACAGUGACUGGGAAUUCGGAUCCAGCCAACGACGCUUUGACUGAGUAUUCGGAUCCAGGCAAAGACACAGUGACUGAGAAUUCGGAUCCAGCCAACGACACGGUGACUGAGAAUUCGGAUCCAGCCAACGACACAGUGACUGAGAAUUCGGAUCCAGCCAACGAAACGGUGACUGAGAAUUCGGAUCCAGCCAAGGACACAGUGACUGAGAAUUCGGAUCCAGCCAACGACACAGUGACUGAGAAUUCGGAUCAAGCCCACUACGCCGUGACUGAGUAUUCGGAUCAAGCCCACGACGCAUUGACCGAGAAUUCGGAUCAAGCCAACGACACAGUGACUGAGAAUUCGGAUCCAGCCAAAGACACAUUGACUGAGAAUUCGGACCCAGCCAACGACACAGUGACUGAGAAUUCCGAUCAAGCCAACGACACAGUUACUGAGAUUUCGGAUCCAGCCAACGACAUAGUGACUGAGAAUUCGGAUCCAGCCAACGACACAGUGACUGAGAAUUCCGAUCAAGCCAACGACACAGUUACUGAGAUUUCGGAUCCAGCCAACGACAUAGUGACUGAGAAUUCGGAUCCAGCCAACGGCAUAGUGACUGAGAAUUCGGAUCCAGCCAACGACACAGUGACUGAGAAUUCGGAUCAAGCCCACGACGCAUUGACUGAGAAUUCGGAUCCAGCCAAGGACAAAGUGACUGAGAAUUCGGAUCCAGCCAACGACACAGUGACUGAGAAUUCGGAUCCAGCCAACGACAUAGUGACUGAGAAUUCGGAUCAAGCCCACGACGCAUUGACUGAGAAUUCGGAUCCAGCCAAGGACAAAGUGACUGAGAAUUCGGAUCCAGCCAACGACACAGUGACUGAGAAUUCGGAUCCAGCCAACGACAUAGUGACUGAGAAUUCGGAUCCAGCCAACGACAUAGUGACUGAGAAUUCGGAUCCAGCCAACCACGUAGUGACUGAGAAUUCGUAUCAAUCCCACGACAUAGUGACUGAGAAUUCGGAUCCAGCCAACGACACAGUUACUGAGAAUUCGAAUCCAGCCAACGGCACAGUGACUGAUAAUUCGGAUCCAGCCAACGACGCAUUGACUGAGAAUUCGGAUCCAGCCAAGGUCACAGUGACUGGGAAUUCGGAUCCAGCCAACGACGCAUUGACUGAGUAUUCGGAUCCAGGGAAAGACACAGUGACUGAGAAUUCGGAUCCAGCCAACGACACGGUGACUGAGAAUUCGGAUCCAGCCAACGACACAGUGACUGAGAAUUCGGAUCCAGCCAACGAAACGGUGACUGAGAAUUCGGAUCCAGCCAAGGGCACAGUGACUGAGAAUUCGGAUUCAGCCAACGACACAGUUACUGAGAUUUCGGAUCCAGCCAACGACACAGUGACUGAGAAUUCGGACCCAGCCAACGACACAGUGACUGAGAAUUCCGAUCAAGCCAACGACACAGUUACUGAGAUUUCGGAUCCAGCCAACGACAUAGUGACUGAGAAUUCGGAUCCAGCCAACGACACAGUGACUGAGAAUUCCGAUCAAGCCAACGACACAGUUACUGAGAUUUCGGAUCCAGCCAACGACAUAGUGACUGAGAAUUCGGAUCCAGCCAACGGCAUAGUGACUGAGAAUUCGGAUCCAGCCAACGACACAGUGACUGAGAAUUCGGAUCAAGCCCACGACGCAUUGACUGAGAAUUCGGAUCCAGCCAAGGACAAAGUGACUGAGAAUUCGGAUCCAGCCAACGACACAGUCACUGAGAAUUCGGAUCCAGCCAACGACAUAGUGACUGAGAAUUCGGAUCCUGCCAACGACAUAGUGACUGAGAAUUCGGAUCCAGCCAACCACGUAGUGACUGAGAAUUCGUAUCAAUCCCACGACUCAGUGACUGAUAAUUCGGAUCAAGCCCUCGACGCAGGGGCUGCAAAUUCGGGUCCAGCUGAUCACACAUUGGCGAAUUCGGAUCCAGGCCACGACGCACAGGUUGCACAGUCUCAAGUCCGUGAUACGACGGAUUCGAAAGAGAUGAUCCCUGCUCUACUGGAAGAAGCUAGCAUGACAGCUAGGACAUUUCCUGAUGAUGUUGCCGCUCGUAAGUCGUAUACAAUAUACGUGCCUCUGCCAGGCCACAUUCGUCGGUACAAGUCAUUCGGAGGACGUCUGUUCAGGUUCAUCACGGAUGGACAGGAGACUGCACUCUUGAACAUUAUCCUUUCAUGUUGUCACAUGUUGCACGUUGAUACUACAGUCAAAUCUGUCGUAAGCGACCGCCCCUUGGUGCAAGAAAAAGCGGUCGCUUACGGCAGAUGGUCUCUUACGACAGAUGUAUGGUAAAUCCGGCAUACCAGGUAUAUGCUUCCAUGUACUCGAGACUCCCCCAUCAACAGUGCCCUCACCCUCUACAACUCACUCCCUAUCGACAUCACAACCCAACCUCGUAGAAAUUCUUUCCGAAACAAUGCAUCCAGUCUUCUUUUGAGCAGUACCUGCUCCUGCUCCGCGCAUCCCCCUGGUUUCUGAUAUCUCGAACGUGUACUUAACUAUCUCGAUCACCCCUGCUAACAUUAUUGCCCCCGCUUGUUUUUCAUGAUCCAUUGCUUCUUGCCUCCCGGUUAAUUUCCAUCUAGCUGUUUCUGGCUAGUACCAGUUCUAUCGCACUUAUUAAUCAUCCUUAUUGGCGUCACGCCAUCGUGGAAUAAAAGAAUAUAGUACUCAAAUCGACGAGAAUAAUGUGAUUUAAUAUUUUUAUUGGAUAUUCAACGACGACCAUACCCGUAUAGUACGCGUAUGCGACACCGGCAGUAGAUCGACACUGCCUGGACUUGAGAGCUACAGCACAGCCUGAGUACAGGCCAGGCGCCUGUCGAUCGCACUUGCAAGACAGCGCAUUUUCACACUUUGCAGUUGACAGCGCACUGGCAAGUACAUUUUCGCACCUUACUGAACCUGGGUCGCGGUCGCUUACAGCAGAUUUGAAUGCAGCCACCGUGCAUGAAAUCGCGGUCGCUGGUCGCGCACAGCAGAUGGUCGCUCUGGACAGAUCAGUUUGUAUGUGAAACCGUCGGUGCACGGAAAAUCGGUCGCUAACGGUAGAUGGUCGCCUACAGCAGAGGUCGCUAACGGCAGAUUUGACUGUAUUAGUGUAUUGUAGUUACGAAUUGUGUACAGAACUGUCACAUGCUGCAAGGGCAGUAUUGUCAAGACAUGCUAGGUCGCUUGCAAUAUUGGUGCGGUGCGUAUUACUGCUAUGCAUUUCGCGAGUGUAAUAAUUAUUUUGUUAGUCUGUUAGAAUUACAUCACGAGUGCAUAUCUGUUACGUCUACGUCGAGACACAUUUUACGACACAGUAAUUGCUAUUUAGUAUCUCUAUGGCUACGAUGAUCAUGCAUUUUCUGUACGCUGCAUUUUCUCUCUAUGCCACGUCUAUGCCACGUCGUUGUGUGCAUGCAUGCAGCGCAAGCCAAAUGCACGCACGCUGCACGUUUUGCCCAGGACAGCGAUUUGGCGAUCGUUGUUCGGUGUGUUCUUUGGUGUUCUUGUUGGAAACGAGUGGUAAUGUCGAUUAAAGGAGUUUCUGGGUUUUUGUGGUCUGUCUGACGAAGGUUAGUUGCGGGACCAAGUCGCACCGCAACAUUUGGUAGCAGAGGAUGGUUGU